GAAUUAGAUAUGCCGUUUGCAAAGUGGACAAAGGAGCAAGUGUGUAACUGGCUACAGGAACAGGGCCUGGGUUUAAAUGUGAAUUUUGCCAAACGGUGGAUCAUGUCAGGACAGACUCUACUGCAGGCUUCACAGCAGGACCUUGAGAGGGAGCUUGGAAUUAAACAGCCUCUUCACAGGAAGAAGCUGCAGUUGGCCUUGCAAGCCCUUGGCUCAGAGGAAGAUGACCGCAAAGGAAGACUUGAUUUCAACUGGGUCACGAGGUGGUUGGAUGAUAUUGGACUACCCCAGUACAAGACUCAGUUUGAUGAAGGAAGAGUAGAUGGGAGAAUGCAUCAUUACAUGACUGUUGUAAGUUCCAGUAUAUAGGGAUACAGAGUAUAGAAAAUGCU